AGUUAAUUUAAGCUAUAGAGUUAUCACUAUACUAUGAUUUAAGCCCUUGGCAACUGCGCCUCCGGCGACAGGCGACGGCAUCUCACCCACGGCAUCGCCAGGGACAUCAUUGAAAAAAAAGCCGCCGAGUCAACAUGGCGACUUUUUUCGGCGAAGUCCUGCCAAUUCAUUCGCGAGCCGUCGACGACAAUGAGGACGAGAACGCGGAGUCACCCAGCGUCUACUUCGACCUCGACCAGAAGUAUCACGACGUCCCGUCGCUUCCCGCCUACGACCUCGUCUGCGUGGCUACGGGGGUGGCACCCAGCAUCUUCGUGCAGUGCUACCUGGUACCGGACUCCCACCAAGUUCUCGGCACCAUCCGGUUGAACCGGACGAAGCAGCAGGACUCAAACGACCCGUCGGGUGUCUGGGGGCUCGACUACAGCCGGCGUCCCGACGUGCUCGGCAAACUGCUCCACUAUUCGGGUCACGGCGGCGGCGUGCUGUACUGCCUGUGUGACAAAGAAGUGCCGUUCGAGAGCUGCGCGCCCAUCGCCCGCCACUUCAUCGAGCUCUCCAAGUCUCCGCGCGUCACGUCUGUGUCGUUCGCGGCGCUGCCGGCGAGCGAUUACAAGUCAAAGGGCAGGCCCGAGUUCCCGCUUCUGAGGCAGCUUCGCACGUUCGGCUCGGCCAGGAACGGCACGGAGGACGCCAUACCGGACCUGGAGACACCGAACACGGUGUCGGGAAUGUGCGCCGCCAUGCUAACCGAAUGCGAGGUGGGCGACAUGCCCGGAACGCUGUUCGUCCUCUACACCGACGCGCCCGAGGUGGACUCGACGGUGGUUCGGGCGCUCGAACCGACACUCAGGUUGAACUGUCUGCAGGCCCUGAAUCAGCCGUUGGACACUUGCAGAAACGAGCUACUGAGGCGCGUUCGGGACGCGAAGAUCGACCGUGGGUACCUGUACUUCUGAGGUCGAAGCUCGGGGUUUCAAGGAGCGGAGGGAGUCGAUUUAGUCGUGGUCUAAUACUAGCGUCAACAGACUGGUUUACCAGCAGAAUACACAGCAAACACACCUCUGACAUCUGAAGCCAUGUUCCGUUGACGCCAAGCACAUGUUAUCCUCGGCGAGUGUUGUCAAUACUCACAGGCCUGAAAUCAGACGUCUGUGGCGAUCUGACGAGCUUGUUACCUCAGAAGCACGGUUUACCAGGCUACCUCGUUCACUGCUGCCGUAGUCGAAGGCAGAUCGCCAUACUUGAAGGACGCCAAGUUGAACAAGCCCGUAGCGAAACACUGACGAACUGCAGCUUUUUAUUUACCUGGUGAGCAAGACAUACCAGGAUGUCACCUGCAGUCCGAUAUGGACACACAAGGAGCUGAACACACUUUAAUCAUAUACCUUGUUUGACCAUCACCCGUGCAUCUGUGGACUUUCGCACUGACCAAGUCACUUUUGCCUGCAUGUCUCUGUAUGAAAAGCUUCAUGAAGUAAUGAACAGAUUGUAUGUGCAUGUCUAAUGGAGUGCAAGGACACUUUUGUCCGUUGCACGCAGCAAUAAUGCUGAUGACUUUACGAGUGAGAUACACCCACUGUCCGAUUCCUAGGGCAUCAAAUCACUUAAAGGAUCUCUUCUACAUAUGAUAUUUUAUGUGCCACAAUGCACUACAGGGCACAUUAUGUUGAGUGUGUUACUCGGUACUUGUUUCUGCAGCUCUGUCAUUGGCAAAUGAUAAACACAUUCAUCUACAUUGUUGUAAGCACAGAUUGCAGAGUUAACAUAUUGUUCUAGGUAUUGUCACCAAGUUUGGGUGCCCCAACAUAAUUGAGGACCAGUAGUGCGCUGUGUUCUGCGAGUUGUGUUGCACUCUUUUGGUCUGAAAGAGUUUGAAUCGUGUUUGUUGUUAUUGUCAUACACCUCUAACAUAUUUUGUUCCCUGAGGCUAUUAAAUGGCAGCAUUGUUUAAAUGCUUGUCAGUCUUA